ACUCUGGACACAGGACCGAUGGUUCUUGUACCCUGAUGCACUGCAGCACUUGCUUCACUGGGAAUGUCUCCACUCCUGGCUAACAACAGUUCACAUGUACAGGAUGCUGUAUACUAUGCACCAGAAUCCAUCAGCUCCCUGGUUAUCUUCAUCCUAGUUUUCAUCAUAGGUAUCCCAGGCAAUGGGUUGGUUAUCUGGGUAGCUGGUUUGAAAAUGAAGAGGUCUGUGAACAUCAUCUGGUUCCUAAACCUUGCUGUGGCUGACUUCAUGUGCUGCUUGUCUUUGCCAUUCGAAAUUGUUCACCUGUUCCUCAAUGCACACUGGCCAUAUGGUUGGUUUCUCUGCAAAGUCAUCCCAUCAGUCAUAAUCUUCACCAUGUUUGCUAGCGUUUUCCUACUUACGGUGAUCAGCAUUGACCGGUGUCUCCUCGUGAUGAAACCUGUCUGGUGUCAAAAUCAUCGAACAGUGAAGUUUAUUUCACUAGUUUGCAGUGGCAUUUGGAUCCUGGCCUUCAUUAUCUGUUGUCCUGUCUUUCACUAUCGCACCACUGUCACCGAUGGUGGAAAAACUGAGUGUGGGUACGAUUUUGGAGAUUAUGAAAUACCAGAAUAUAUGGAUGACAGUGAUCCUGCGUCUGGGUUAUUGGAAGAUUACUCACCUUUAGUACCAACCGUCACAUAUGUUAACACCAUCUUUGCUCAUCAGCCUACUGAUACUUAUCCAGAUUUUCAGGCAAACAGCAUAUCCACCAACAAAGGCAUAAUCACAGCAGCUCACCUUUCUCAUGCCACUGUAGAUGUGAACUCCUUGUUAAAUUCGUCUGCCUAUCCUGACAUCAGGCUAUUGGAAUCUCAGAGUGACCUACCACAUACUAGCUUGCCUGUACCAUCCAACAAUGACUUCAAUUUAAAGCUACUUGAUCCUCCUCUUGAUUUGGCUGAUUUUGACAGUGUCUUCGGUGAUAAUGAUUAUGCCGUAUCCCUUCCCUUAAUUGUAAUAACUAUCACUAGGGCUGUCUUUGGCUUCAUACUUCCCUUCAGCAUAGUGGCAGCUUGCUACGCCUUUAUUGCUUUCAGGAUGCGUGCAAGUAACUAUCGUAAGCCACAAAACAAGAUGCUGAAAACUAUCAUUCUUGUGGUAGUUGCAUUUUUCAUCUGCUGGGCUCCCUACCAUACAGUUGGGAUUCUGUCCCUUGUGGCUACUCCUGGUACAGAACUGAAGGAGUCACUGAUCCUCUGGGAUCACCUCUCUGUAGCACUCGCAUAUGCCAACAGCUGCAUCAACCCUCUGCUGUAUGUUUUUGUGGGGAGGGACUUCAGAGCAAAGGCAAGGCAAUCACUGCAAGGAGUCUUGGAAAGAGUCUUUACUGAGGAACCAACAUGUUCAACCCCUUACUCUCUUGACAAAAGCAAGACUUCAAAAGAUAAGGAUAUUAGUACCACAGUCUAAUGCAGGACUUCCCAUCAUUACUGCAGAAAGAGCUCUGUACAUCAACGACUCUCCACUUUUUUUGCUUUAACACAUCUGAUUACUGAACAGAAUUGCACACAGGGCACUGAGAUGGUUCAGAUCAGAUCUGCUAAUCCACUUUAUAUCCUACUAUGGCAAGAUGGAAAUUUGGAAAUGUUAGGAGUAAUAAUCUCUGGUGAAAGACUAGUGAAGCAAGGGACCGAGAGUACUUUAAAGAGUAAAGAAGGCUUGCGGAAUGAUUUGUAGUGCAAUCAUGUACCUCAACUUCUGAACUGCUGAGUAAGAAAAUAAUCAGUUAUUUGCGUAUGUCUAUUAAAGAUAUUCUGCAUCUCCUGUCUCUGAUAAAAUGCAGGUGAAACCAA